GUGACCGAGGCUGCGUCCAAAGUCCCCGAAGCGCAUAAAAUAACUGUGCUGGAGUGAGGAGGGUCAGUGAACUGUGCGCUGUGUGCACAUAGCCGAGGAGAAGAAGUCGGACGGUGGAUUGAGGUUGUGUGUUUGAAGAAGGAGGAGGAGGAGUGUGACUCUGUAAUUACGUGGGUGAAAAAAAAAAGUUGGGUCUGAUUUGCUGGAAUCGCGCAGGAGCGAAGGUGCACCGGUCGAUUUCAUAUCAAGUUUAGUUAAAGCAGGGGUGAGCACCACACGCUCAGCGCGCUCGGAAGCUCCUCACAAAGCUUUUAUGAACGAGAUAUCAUUGCACCGAACCACGCAAAGAGCUCGUGUGGUAAAGGAGGACGCAGCAGCUCCGUUUGCACCGGCUCCACGAGGGCUAACUGUGCCUGCCAGCCUUUGAAAAAAAUCUGCAUAAGAUCUCCUUUUGUCUGCGGAGAGGACAAUCUUUGGAUCGCAAAAAAAUUCACGGAUGUUCUUGGAUAAUCUCUUUCUGAAUUACGCGUCGCCUGGUGCACAUCGGUCCAGGAAUGGCGCGAUAAAGUGAUCAGUGGAAUCAGUCCAAGUACAGUCACUUUGUGUGUAGCCGUCUCGUCAUGUAUUCCCCGAUUUGCCUUACUCAGGAUGAAUUUCAUCCCUUCAUCGAGGCGCUUCUCCCUCAUGUCCGUGCCAUCGCCUACACAUGGUUCAACCUCCAGGCCAGAAAACGCAAGUAUUUCAAGAAGCACGAGAAGCGAAUGUCCAAGGACGAGGAGCGUGCGGUGAAGGACGAGCUUCUGAGCGAGAAGCCUGAAGUUAAGCAGAAAUGGGCGUCCAGGCUGCUGGCCAAGCUGCGUAAGGACAUUCGGCAGGAGUACCGGGAGGACUUUGUCCUCAGCGUGACGGGAAAGAAGCACCCUUGCUGUGUCUUGUCCAACCCAGACCAGAAGGGUAAGAUCCGCCGGAUCGACUGUUUGCGACAAGCCGACAAAGUCUGGCGCCUGGACCUGGUGAUGGUCAUCCUCUUCAAAGGCAUCCCUCUGGAAAGUACAGAUGGCGAGCGCCUCGUCAAGUCUCCGCAUUGCACCAACCCAGCACUUUGUGUCCAGCCACACCACAUAACAGUAUCAGUCAAGGAGCUGGACUUGUUUCUAGCAUACUACGUCCAGGACCAAGACUCACAGCAGUCAGGAAGUCCCAGUAACAAUGAGCAAGGCAAGAACCCUCUUCCAGUCUACUUGGAAGACAGCUUCAUCAAAUCAGGCGUCUUCAGUGUUACGGAGCUGGUGCGAGUGUCCAGAAUGCCCAUCACCCACGGCGCAGUGGUAAACUUCUCCAUGGCCGACUUGCCCAGCCAACCCUACUAUCAAGACCUGAACUCCAGCGUGGGGCUGCACCGCUCCCUGUCCUCCCCUCCUGGCAGCAAAAGGCCCAAAACUGUUAACAUGGAGGAGAACAUGGACACGAGCCCGACAGGACCAGACUUCUACUCGUCACCCAGCUCUCCAGCUAGCAGUCGGGCGAACUGGCACGACAGAGAUGGAGCAGACAUGUCGUCUCCCACCAUGAAGAAGCCAGAGAAGCCGCUGUUCAGCCCCACCUCCCCGCAGGACUCCUCACCCCGACUCAGCACUUUCCCUCAGCCUCAUCACCCAGGCCUCACAGGUGUAGGACACAGUGUUAUAUCGACCAGGAGCCCCCCGCCGCACUCGCCGCUGCAGUUCUCAGCCUCGGCGAUCCUGCCCCCGGCGCCGUCUCCCUACUUCUCGCACCCCACUAUCCGCUACCCGCCCCACCUCAACCCUGCUGAUCCCCUCAAGAGCUACGUGCCAUCAUACGACCCGUCCAGCCCACAGAGCAGCCAGCCUAACAGCAGUGGUCAGGUGGUAGGAAAGGUCCCGAGCCACUUCACCCCAGUCCUGGCUCCCUCGCCACACCACAGCGCUGUGCGACCCGUCUCGCUCUCCAUGCCCGACACCAAGCCCAUCACCACAUCGACAGAAGGUUACUCAGCCCCCGGCACCCCGACAGCUAAUCGUUUUGUAGGCCUGAGCCCUAGAGAUCCGGCCUUCCUCCACCAGCAACAGCUGAGGAAGUGUGACUGGAGCGUGACUCAAAACGGCAGGCAUUAUGGCCCCAGUGCCACUGACGACACUUUGGGGAUUACUUGGCAAAGUCCUGGUACCUGGGCGAGCUUAGUUCCAUUUCAAGUGUCGAACGGGACUCCGAUUCUGCCAGCAAAUGUCCAUCAGAACUACAGCAUAAACAUCAUUGGUGAGCCCCUGGUCCCCGCUGAGACAGGGAACUGAACACAGAGGCCGGACGACCCCACCCCCAAGGUGGAUGGAUGGGUGGGUGGGGAUGUUGGCGGUGCAGAUCUAGCACUACAGGUGUCUGCAGCCAUGGAUGAAACCAGCAAAGCAGCACAAGCUGCACAAUCUUUCCCCCAAUCCCUCCCCCAACUCCUGUCCCCUUCCCUGGCCAUGAAGUGAAGGUGAGGGUCGGUUCAGCGGAAAGAAAAAAGGCAACGCUUCAGGUCUGCUGUCUCCUCGCCCAGCUCACACACCCUCCCCCACCAGUCAGUUGCUGUGUUUGCAGAACUUUUCAAUCCAUUCAAAUACUGUGAUGUAUAGAUGCCUUAAUGUUUUAUUGCAUGACACUCUAGUCUCUUAGCAGCAAUUCCUACUAUUUUUUAAUGUCGGGAAGAUGUAAAAUCUUGAUUUACACACACACGUACACACACAAGUGAAGGGGCCUGUGCAUCGACGGCCUCUGCCUGGUGGACGGCUCCGAGACUCUAAGCUCUGCGACCUCUUGAAAAGAGGCUUUCCCACGUCAAAUGAUUCACUGUGUUACACCAUAGGAACAAAAACUUGUAAAUUCAGUGUUUUCUCUUUCUGUUUGAUUUCAGUUGACUGUGAUACCGCUCUUUGUUCAGAGAAUGUGUUGACUUUGUUUAUUCUUUACUGCUACUUCAAGAGUUAAUGUAAACACUUAUGUAAGAGUUGAGAACUCUUAAUGCGGUUUUCAAAAAACACUAAAUGUCAGGCUUGAGAUUGGACCCAUCGGUAAAUAAUUAGCAACUCCUUUACGAAAGGAUUUAAAAAGACAGAGUAAGAAAAUCUCAGUAGAGGCAAGUGCAAUUGAAUUUUUGAAGGGAAGCUAUCAGUCUGUCGGCCCUAAGACUCUAAAGGAAGGGGAUAACUAUGAAAUGGUUUUAUGGGUAAAAUGUUUAAGAAAAAAAAUUGAAUUUGAUUUCAGUUGCAUAUCCGUAUCCUCAGAUGAGAAAACCAUUAACGCAGUUGGGUGCUGAGCAAAGCCUGUACCUCUUUGGAGCCCUUCUCAUCACUAUGGGGAGUUUGUUUUUAUUUAUUCUGGGGAAAUUCGUAACUGAACACAAGUAAAAAAAAAAAAGAAAAAGAGAUGUAAUUCAUUUACAAGCAUAUGCAUUUGGCCCUCAGCUUCAAAAGCUUAUGUUUACAGGAAAAAAAUACAGAAUGCAAAGUUUUAAUUCAUGGAAAUAUAGAAUUCAUGCAAAUGUACAGUCGGCUUAAAGCUACAGUGGAAGAGGUUGAAAACUGAAUUUAUGAACGCAGGUGGUGGCAAAUCCCUGAAAUCUAGAAUUGUGCAUGGCAUGUUCGCAGCCAUUGCCUCUGCUCUCCAGACACAUCCAUCCAAGGAAAAUCUCCCCAGUACUCUUAAUUUGCACGAUGACAUAUAGUCCACAUUACGUGCCUUGCCUUUGAAUAUAGAGACGUCACUACACUUGUUUUUGCUGCAUUUAUCAUUAUAGAAAAAAAAUUAACAUUUUUAUGAUAAGAAUUGUUUUGUACUCUGAAUGAAAUUGUUGAUUUUUAACUUCAUGUACUACUCUAUCUCACACUUACAUUGCAUAUCAAGGCUGUGUAUAGUUGCCGUUUUAAAGUUUGUAAUCAACCAGCAUUUUUAUUUUUUUUAUUUUCAGUAUUUUGGUGGUUUUUCUAAUAACCUGUCAUCUUUAGUUUUCUUUAUUUUUCAGUGCUCAUUUUGUUCAUCUUCCAGUUGCUAUUGUUGGAGGGUGGAAUUCAGAGUUAUGAAAAUUAUGCAAUACCAAGUUUUGCCUAUGUAGGUAGUGCUUAAUAGAUGCGUCAAUUAUUAGAGGCUAGUUUGGAGAUAGAUAAUAUUGUACUGCAUUUAUUUUGUUGAUAUUGUUGUUUGUCGUCGUUGUUGUUGAUGAUGAUGAUGUUGUUGUUGUUGUGGGUCUUUUCCUUUUUUAUUGACCAAAGUGGGGACUGCUUUCUAUGCAGUGUAUGACAAGGUCUGUUUUCUUUUUAUUUUGGUGUGUAGGCCUACAGUACCGAUAGACGGUGAGACAUGUUCCAGUGUAUUUUGAAUUUGGGAGUUUUAGGGGGAGGGGUGGUAUUUUUUCUAGAAGUGCAUAUAAAAAAAAUGCACCCUUGGUCUUGAUAUGGCUGCAAAGUCACUGAUUGGUCUACUGUGACGCUUACUUUCAACUUUCCACCUGGGGUGCUAGGGUGUGACCUUGAGGAAGCUCAUUUAUUCACAGGAGAGACGGCUUGACUUGAGUGCGACAAUCAUUCUGAGAAAUCAUUUUGCGCAGAAUCCCGUUCUGUCGUGGAUCGCUUAAAGAUGCAGUGUGUAAGAUUUAGUCCAAGCGUGAGAGAGCCCACGGUGGCCGUAAGGUGCCACGUUGUCGUCUAUGACCACAUCAAGUGUGAAAAGAUAGCUAUAUAUUAGGCAUUGCAUUUCUUGUGACAUCACUAAAUUCACGCUGCUACUGUGAAAAUACAAAACUCCCUCUUGAGAGCCAGUGUUUGGUUUGUCUGUUCUAGGCUACUGUAGAAAUGUUGUGCAACAUGGCACACGCACCAGAAACUCGAUCCGUUUUACACUUUGCAGCGAUUAAGGGUAGGGCAAGAUGAUCACAUGAGACGAUACAACACUGCUGUUAACGGCUUCUUUUCUCAUGUGUACAACAAAUUGGGUUGGCAGUAUGGAUCGGCUAAUUAUUAAGGGUGGCCACAGCACCACCGCUCGGCCCCUUUAGCUGGUCUUUCCCAGUGGCCACUCACGGUACUGCAAUGAAAAAUCACCUUGGAGCCCAAAAAGCAUUUUCUCCAUAGACCACAGUGGUAAGAGAGACAUCUGUGAAACUGUUGACAGGAUUUUUUUUUUAUCCAUGAUAUUGUCUUUGUAGAACUUUCCCAGAGCCUCGAUGAUUCUUAUUUUUCUGGUGAUCACACACUAAUGGGCACUCCUAUAUUCCAUUUCUCCUAAUGGAUCCCUUUAAAUCUUACACACUGCAUCCUUAAAGCUGCAACCGAGGGCGGAUGUUGUCGCGUCCUUUUAUAGAAUCCUACGCCGUACAAGUCGAGACAUCAUCAAAUGCAAUUCCCAAGUAGAUGCCUUAAACACGUCAGCGAAGUGGCCUGUGACCUGCGCAACAAUCACACACCGACUAAUGCUAGUGAGGCCUGUCCAAAUCAGCUCCAGACAGACUCAAGCAAGCCUUUAGAAAGUGUUUUCUAAGUAGAAAAUUUGUAUAAAUGUAUAUACGAUAUGCACUUAUGUCGAUCCCUGAGCUACUUCCCCCAGCAGAGAGCCCCAUAGAGGGGCCUGAAGUAGACACUGGGCCACAGAAGCAUGGUGCUUUCUUACUUCAUGUCCAGUGGUGUGAUAGAUGCUUAAAUAGAAUCCCCUAGAAGAAACAAAUAGCACCUAAAUAGCACAUAGGCAAUCUUCUCCCCCCUUACACUGUUUUGACCCUAGUCUCAAACUAAAUCUCUCAGGCGUAUUACAGGGCAUUAUUUAUAUCAAUCAUAAUCUUGCCAUUUCUAAUGUAAGAAAUAAGAGGUUUUGCCCUAGAGGGAGCGGCGCC